UUAGAUACUUUGAUAGCGUUGCGGCGGCUUGUUCGUACCUAGUUAAAAUCAUUUUGGUUUUGCAUCAAAUUGUUAGCUGCUUUGUUUAUGUUCACGCGUUUUACACGUCCAACAAACAGUCUCAUUCUCACGGAAGCCUAACAACCUGAUUUCAGUAAGUUUUGUAUUCUACAUUAUACUUCCAAGUUUUUGUAAUCCAAGUCAUGGCCGUCGCAGCAUUUAAACCUCAUGGCAAUCGUCUGGGGUUAUGUCUGUGUACAGCUGCACACAGCAGUGUGGUUGACACGUCGACUUUUUUUAGGCUUUUUUUUUGUUAAUCGAAAUCAAUGGCAUCUGUAUUUGGGCUCUUGCGCUCGUUCCAUUUUGAUUCAUCCUCAUGCAUAUGCUACCUUGAAUAUAAUAUUCCAAUUAAUAUAAGUCCUUUUAUGACCGACAUUUCUUACACUACCCACCUACCUACUUAUAUAUUUAUAAUACAUACACCAUUUCACUACAUAAAUCUGUUUACCUAUAUAGCUAUACAACAUAAUAAAGUGCUUAAAAAAGUAUUGAUUUAAUUAAUUUUCAAUUAUGUCAACUUUUUGAUAUUGUGCUAUUUAAAUCUAUUUUUAUUUUAUUUUUUAGUGGGUAAGAUUUUUAUUUCACAGUAGGUAAAUUCAAAAUCUAUCAAUAUAUAAUACAAAUGUUUGUACUAAAGUCUGUUAUUUUGUACAAUUAUAGAUAGUUGGUUGUAAUAUAUAGCAGUUAUCUACAAUUUUGAUGUGUGUUUAUUUUAUAAAGAACAUAUAAUUUAUCUCCUUUUAACCAAACCAAUUUAUUUAGCAUUUUAAAAAUACCACUUAGUAUCUAGGUUACUAGUUACUCACUUUUACAGGUAGUAGUGUGAAUUUUAAAUUAUUAUAGUUUAUAGGCUAUUUGUCUUUUGUUGUGUAUAGCUUUUAAUAUUAAUUUUUGACAAGUGUUAAGUUUAAGUUUUAAGUUUUAUUUUUAUAUAUAAUCAGAUAUAAUGUACUUGCCAUAUUUGUUGCUAUUGAUAGUAUUUAUUACACUCAUUAUAGGUACUAUGAUUUGAAAGCUAACAAUAGUCCUAUUUACCAAUUGUAUAGAUCUAAUAAAAUGUUUAUCUGGUCUCUACAAUGACUAAUAAUACAGAAAUCUAUAUUGGAUUACACUUUUAAUUUUGAUAUUGUAUUGAUAGUUAUUUUGAUUACCUAAAUUAAUUACUUUAUUACAGUAUAAUGCAAUACCUAGAUAUACGUUAAAACUAUUAAUUACUUUGAUAAUAAUUAAUUUUCUUUUAAAUCAACUGCAUAAUAUUUAAUAUUAAGUUUUAUUAUAAAUACAUAAAAUACAUGGGUAUUACAUCUUAAAAAAAAUGUACAUUUUUAAUAAUUUAGAUCUUAUUUUAAAAGCAAUUUAUUUUUAGUAUUUACAUUGAGCAUUUAGUUGUAGUAGAGAAAACAAACUAAUUUUUAUAUUUUUCUAAGUAUUAUCAAGUUAAUAAAAAACAAUGAGUACAACUAUUUUGUUCUACUUAAUUGAAUACAUUAAAUGGGUAUCUGUUGUAAAAAAAUAUAUAUUGAUAAAAUAGAAGAAGGAUAGGACAUACCAUGGGUGGGUCACUAUUGUGUAGGACACUGUUUGUUAUGGGUGGAAAGUUGGAAAUGUAUAAUUUAGGUUAAAUUUUAAAACUGAAAGUACCAAUAUAUAAUUUAUAUUACAUAUUUUUUAGUUGGACCUUUUGGUAUAAUUUUUUUAACCAUGUACCAUGUAUACAUUUUUAAGAAAUAUUUGGUUUAAUGCUAUGCUCCAAAUCCGUUGGGUUUUACUAUUAUGUGUUUUUUUUCUCUCUGUGAACUACUUUUCUACUAGAAACUUUGAUUUGAAGUAUAGUCUAUAGCGCCUUUUCUGAAAUGUAAUUUUUCAUAGUUGAUGAGUCGGGAUUUCAAUUUUUGAUUUGCCUAGGGGUUUUCGGAUUUUCAAAAUAACUAUGAAAAAUAUAGGUAAAACAACAAAUAUUUAUGGCAUUACCGUUUUUAGUGUUUUUAUUAUGUAUACACAUUGUUUUCUAUCAAAAAUAUUACUCCAAUUCAAAAAUGACGAGAGAUUUGUUUUUUAUAACUCUGCCACUGAUUUAGAGUGUUUUUUUUUUUGAUAUCUAAAGUAUUUUUUAUAAUACGAGGGAAAAACCAAAAAAUACAUAGAAAGAAUGGAAAAAUGUAUGAAAAUGAUGUCUUUAUUAUUUUUAAUUUUGUUUUUUUUUUCAACAUAAUUCAGUUUAAAAUAUCUGUGGAGACUUAUAAUGUUGACAGAAAAAUUAUAUUUACUUUUUCUAGACAAGUUAAAACUUUCAGAAUAUUUGAAUUGUUUAUAGACAUUUUAAUUUUGCUAGUUUUUUAUGUAAUUUUUAUUUGGUAGGUACUCUGUAGAUAAAUUGUUAGAUUUAACAGAAUUGGUUGAAAAUUUGAUAGGUUCAUUAUAAGUUGUACUUUGCAGUAAAAAAAAAAAAAAAUGAAUGUAGUAUUUUUUCUUUAUAAGUUUUAAAAUCAAAUUUUGACGAACAUUGUAAAUAUUACAGCCCUUCAAAACAUUUAUAACCGAACUUCGCUUUGAAUUGAUUUUUGUUAGCAUUAUUUAAAAGUAUAAAUUAAAUACUUUUAUGUAUUCCGCCAUUUUUAUCUACAACAGCGGAUUCACCCGUUCUCAGUAUUAGCUCUUUUUUAAAGUUUCUAUUGAAUUUAAUGUAAUUACAUUUAAAUAUUUUAUUUAUUCAUAAUUGUUUUUAUUUGAAUUUCAAGUGUUUCAAUAAGGAGAUACCUUUGGUACUCGUUUUAUUUGGACUUAACGUUUGGUAAGGAAGCCACAGCCAUUAUGUUGGAGUUACAACAACAAGACAUCCCCAAGUUAAAGAGUGAACGCACAGUAUCUAACAAUACUGGGCAAGAUGACGGAAGCAAUAAUGGAAACAGCUAUGAUUUGGUGUUUCCAGCUUUACCAGAUUCAAAAACAUUAGGGCCCAAAAAUGUUGGAAUUAAUGGUCAAUGUCCAUCUUCAAAUGCACCAUCAAAAGGAUGGAGCAAACCCCGGCCUACUCUUUCAACUGUUAAUCAAGUAAUUAGUUUAAUUAUUUUAUCAAAUCAUAAAAGUACAUCUUGUGUCUGUUUAAAUAAUGAUUUUGUAAGCUGAGUAUGUGUGUUUAAAUUUUAUUUGAUUAAAUAUUCUCAGUAAAAAAAUGUAUAUUUUUUCAGGUAUUCACUAUUUCUGUUCAAGACCGGAAAUCUGAUAAUAGUGAAAAAUUUGGUGAAGGAGAAUCUAAACGUAUUUGUAGCCAAAUUACAAGAGAAACUGGAGCUGAGAUAGAGAUUUCUACCUCAAAGAACAUGAACCUUACUUUUCUAGUUAGGGGUAAAGUAGCUGAUGUUGUUGAAGCAAAGCGUAGGAUUAUUGCAAGUUUUCAGACUCAGGUGAAUUGCUUGUUCAUUAAUAUUAGUCUAUUCUCUAUUUUCCUCCCCAAUAUUUCUUAUCUAUUGAAAAUGCAUUUGGUAUUUUAUACUUUUUGCACUUAGCCUUCCCAGUGGAUAUUAGAUUAUUAAUUCCUUAAAUAUUUAUAAUCUGUGUAGUUCUGUAAUUGUAUCAAAGUACAAAUAUUAAACUAUUUUAAUAUUUUAGGCAACUAGUGCAGUGCCUGUUCCAAAGGAACAUCAUUGUCAAGUAAUGGGUAAACAAGGAACCCGCCGUAAAGAAAUCGAACAACGUACAGGUGCACGUAUUCAAAUGCCUAGCAUUCAAGAUACAUCGGACAUUAUCAAUGUUACUGGAACAAGAGAUGCAGUAGAAAAAGCUGUUCAAGAAAUUCGAAUGAUUUCUGAUGAAUUGGUUAGUUUGUUUUGUAUUAGGUUGAUUAAUGUUCUAGCUAACUAAUACAUGUUUGAUAGUCUAAAAAAGCAUUUGAAAGGAUUGAAAUUCCAAAAGUAUUCCAUCCUUUUAUUACUGGUGGACAUAACGAAAAACUUAAUAGUUUAAUGAAAGAGACUGGUGUUAAGAUUCAUGUUCCUCCACCUUCAGUUAAUAGAGAUGAAAUUACAAUUGCUGGAGAUAAAGAAGGAGUUCAGUUGGCUAUUGAUAGUAUUAAGCAGAUCUACACAAAAAUGGUAUGUUUAGAUAAUUAAUGCUUAAAAGUUAAAAUAAAAAAUACUCUAGUAUGUAUAUAUAUAAAAUUUACUAAGAAAAUACAAUAUUUUGUAUUAUAAAAAUACAUAAACAAUAAAAAUUUAUUAUAAGAAAAAAAAAAUCUGUAUAAUUUAGUUCUACUUGCACAUUGCAUAGUAUAAUAUGAAGUAUGGAAUUAUUGGUUUGCAUCAAUUAUUAAAUUAUUUUGUUGUGUAUAUUUUAUAACAUAAUUUGAAUUGUUGUUGUAUGGGAUAAUGUAAAAGUUAAAUCUGAAAUUAAGAGUACCUAGGUACCAAGGCAUGGUAAUUUACUGAAUUAACAGAAAAUUCAAAAUUAAUAUCCAUAAUAAUUUGAUAAGAGCAUUUUUUUUCUAAUUGAAAUUGUAUUCAAAAACAGAAAAAAGCACACAUAAUAAACUAUGACAAAAUCUAAAAUAUAUAAAUAAUAAUAUAACAUUUAAAAAACAAUUUUAUAUUAUUGGUUUUAAUUAGUUUUUAAAUUGUGGCAUGUAUACCAUUAUUUUUAACAAUUGAAUCAAUUUGGUUCCAGGAAAAAGAGUCAGCGACAGUGUUUGUGGAGAUACCGAAACAGAAACAUAAAUAUUUGAUGGCGCAAAAAGGAAAUGGCAUUCAAGAUAUAUUGGCAGAGACUUAUGUCAGUGUUGAAAUGCCUCAACAAGAUUCUGACAAAGAAACGGUGACUUUAAGAGGAUUGUAUAAGGAUUUAGGCACUGGUAAUUUUUAUUUUAUUUUUUAUAUUUUAAAUAUGGCCUUAUUUUAAAAAUAAUAAAUAAAAGUGCGAUUCAUUUUUUAAUUAUAGGAUUAACUAAACUGUAUGAAAAAGCUAAUAGCAUGGCUGCUGAAACGAUUGAGUGUCCUGGAUGGAUGCAUAGAUUUCUGAUAGGAAAAAAUGGUUCGAAUUUAAGAGAGUUAAUUGAAGAUAAUGAGAAGGUUUGUUAAAUUAAUACUAAUAAUUAAUACUAUUGCACUUAUUAUAUUAUACAUAAAAAAAAACAAUAGUUAUUUUGUAACAUUUUUUUAAAGGUACACGUUGAAUUUUCUGAUGAUAACAAGAUAAUUGUUGAAGGUCCUACGGAUAUGAUACCAAAAGUAAUUGAUUCAUUGAAAAAAGCUAUUGAAUGCUAUGUUUCUACAGAACUAGUUGUUGAUCCAAAAUUUUUCAAACACAUAAUUGGCAAAAAUGGAACUAAUAGUAAAAUAAUAUUUAUAUUAUUUGGUAAUCGGUUGUUAUAUAAUUAAUUUUAAAAUAUAUUUAAUUUGUUUUUCAGUUAAUCGUGUUAAGAACGAUACAGGUGUUAUAAUCAAUAUUUCUGAAUCUGAGAACAAUUCCAAUAUUAUUCGUAUUGAAGGUCGGAAAGAUGGAGUAGAGGCGGCAAAAAGUGUAAGACAAAAGUUCUUAUAAUCUUAUUAAUUUGUUUAAUUAAUUUUUCACUGUAGGAGUUGGAAGAAAUGAUAUACAAAUUAGAGAAUGAAGUUGAAAAAGAAAUAUCAAUUGAUCAACGUCAUCAUCGUGCCAUAAUUGGAGUUAAGGGGGAAAAGGUUAGAGAGCUUCAGGAAGCAUUUAAUGUUCAAAUUACAUUCCCUAGUUCAGGUAAAUAACAUAUUUUUUAAUAAUAUUUUGAGCUUUAUAUUAAUUUUAAUUUUAGUUGAAGCCAGAAGCAAUUUAGUCAAAAUACGAGGAUUAAAUGAUGAUGUUAAUAAGGCAUUUAAAUCAUUAGCAAAACUGGCUAAAGAGUUGGAUGAAGCAAAUUAUGUUUUAGAAAUUCCAGUUUUUAAACAAUUUCACAAGCUUGUUGUUGGAAAAGGUGGAGCUAAUAUUAAAAAGGUAGUUUUUAAUUAUUUAUUCACUAAUUCCACUAGUGGACUUCUUCCCUCGUAUGAUUCACUGGUCAUUUAUCAUUUGUAAAUUAAUAUUCUUAUAUUCUUAUUAUAUUAAUGUAUGUGUAGAGUUUAUAUUUUUCUAAUAGUAAUAAAAAGAAAAAACUAUUAAAAUAUUUUUUUCUAAAUAAUAAUAUUAAAAUAUUUUUUUUUUGUAUUUUUAGAUUAGAGAAGAAACUGACACUAGAAUUGAUUUGCCUCGAGAAGGGGAAGAUAGUGACACUAUUAAAGUUAUGGGAAAUAAGGAAAAAGUACUAAUUGCUUGUGAUAUGAUAAAAAAAAUACAAAAUGAAAUGGUUGGUUCAUUUUUUGUUUAUGUAAAUUAAAAUAAUUAGUUAUAAAAAUUAUAAUUGAACACGUUUAGGGUGAUAUUGUAACAAAAGAAAUAGUAUUAGGAAAUAUAAAAGUACGCAAUGUCAUGGUAAAUCUUGGUAAUAAAUUUAUUCAGUCAAUAAAAGAAGAUUGCGGGGGAAAUGUAACAUUAAAGUUGCCAGCGGUUAAAGGUGAUAAUGUAAGUAUAAUACGAUUAUUUAAUUAUGUAAGAUAAAUAAUUCUCAUUAUUCAUAAUUUAAAAACUGGUGUAUCUAUUGGGUGUAACAGGAAAGAUCUAAUAAAUAUCUGGAAUAAAUUUUUGCUUGUCAAUUUUUAAAACAAAUAUUUUUUUUAAUGUAAUUUUAGGUUCUUUUUUCUUGUAAUAAUUUCUAGAUCCUUGUGUUAUGAAAAUAAAACAUGAGAAUGAUUAUAAAUCUAAGCAAAUUUAUCACUUAAAUCAAUUUUGGUUUUACAAAUAUUUAUCAGUAAUGUAACAUUAAAAUAUUAAAAGUUCACAAAUAUUAAUUAAAUUAUUGGAAAAAUGUAUUGAAUUAUUUGAUAGUAUGUAGUAGUGAAAACAAAAAUAAUUUUUAAAUUAUUGUCUACUUCAAAUUUUUAAGAGAAUUAAUGAUUUAGUAUUUGUAAAUAUUAAUUGUAACUCUAAAAUUUUUUUAAUAAUAUAUAUUUAUAAAAGAGCUAUUUUGAGUAUUUAUAAAACUUAAUUUUUAGUUUUAAAAAUAAUAUAAAAAAUAUAAAUUAAAGAAAUAACGAAAGGCUCCAAUAGUUAUUAUUGCAAGGAAUAAAAAAAAAUGUAAAUAUUGAACGGAACAAACUUUAUUUCAGGUGUCAGAUCUUCACAUUACAGCUUAUUUAUCCAAUUUAAACAUUUUAGUGGUUAACAUUUAAUUAAAUAUAAUUAAUUAAUUUUUCUGUAUAGACUAUAGUUAUCAAAGGACCUGAAGAUGAUGUAGACAGUGCUAUUUCACAAAUUCAGACAAUGGUAGAUGAAGUUUAUAGUUCAGUUCUUGAUAUAAAAGUAAAGCCAGAGUUUCAUAAAUAUUUGAUUGGAAAAAAACGAGCCAAUGUCAAAAGGGUGUGUUGUAAAAAUAAUGUCAAUUCACAUUGAUAUAAACAUACAUUUAUAACUGAAUUUAUGAUUACAGAUUCGAGAUUUAACUAAUACGAGAAUAAUUUUUCCACUUGAAACCGAUUCUACAAAUGAAAAUAUAACUAUUGUUGGUAGAAAAGAAAAUGUUGAUAAGGCAAAGGCAGAAUUUGAAGUGAUGAUUACUGAUAUUAGUAAUGUUAUUGAAGAACGCAUAGAAAUUAACGAAAAAUAUCACAAAAGUUUUGUGGCUAAACGAGGAGAAUUUUUACAUAGACUAGAAGAUGAGUGUGGUGGUGUAAAAAUCUCCUUCCCUAAGCCUGGUGCUGGUGAUAAAGUUGUACUUAAAGGUAGUAAAGCUAAUGUUGCUCUUGCCAAGCAAAAACUUUUAGACCACGCAAAAAUUUUGGUAUGUAUAAAUCAAUGUUUAUAUCAUAUGAGUUUUCUAUGAUAUUAAUUUGAAUUUUUAUCAAAUACAGAUAUAUUAUGAUAUAUUAAUUAUUAUAUUUAAUAUGUAUUAUGCCUUCCACAUUUGUAUCAAGUCUAUGCUCUUUAAAUCAUUUGAAUAUGCUAUACUAGUAUAAAAGUAGAAAAGAGAUUCUUUAAAUAUAAUUUUUUUUAAUUUCAAUCAUAGACCUUAUAUUGAUAGAUUAAUUCUUGUAUUACAUACAUUAUAAGCUAUGGUCAAACAUAAGACAGUGAUGCAGCAAAACUUCAUGUUAAAUACAAUACAAUUAUUAUUGUAUUGGAAUCAAUAAUCCCAUUGUAUGGUAUUAAGAAUUUAUUGGCAUGUGUUAUAAUUUUUGUUUUCAUAUUUAUUACAAUUUUUUAUUUUUUUUUUAAUGCCUCCACAUUUUUAAUUUUAUUAUAACAUACUUGUAAAAUUUCAAACAUGUUGAUUGUUCCAUAAACCAAAAAAUCCCACACAAAUUUUAAUUAAUUUUAUUAUUUAAAAUAAUUUAAGAUAUUAUUAAUUAUUACUAAAAACAGCAUAAACUUAUAAAUUAAAAGAUGUAUGAUUAUGUUUUAUACAUUGGAUAAAAUAAUGUGAUGAGAACACCGUUAUUUUAUUAUUGUACAUUAGCCAUUUAGUCACUAAGAAGCACCUUCUAUAUUUGAAUGCGAUAUAAUCGUAUCUACUAGUAUAAGCGACUUAUGGUUUCAAUAUACUACCUGUAACAGAGAUCUGAUACCAGAAAUAACUUGUUUUGUUUAAUAUUUUUAAUUUUUCUUUUUAUGUAAUAAUAUAGCCUUACACUAUGAUUAGUCUAUUUUAUAUUAAAAAGAUGUCUGUUAAAGGUAAUUUAAUGUAAAUCUGGUAGCAACGAUUAACCAUUCGAAAAAACGGGAGUUCAGUUGAUAGUGAUGUUUUGUCAACAAUGUAUUUGUCAUAUUAUGGUAAAACAAUUAAAUAGGCAUUAUAUAUUUUCAUUAAUAAUAUUUGUUUGAUGAAAAUCGAAGAAUGAUCCCUUUAAAGUACCUCCCCAGUGAAAUUUCCUUUUAGAAAAAUUGCUAUCAUUAUAAGUUACUAAAUUACUAUUAUUAUUAAUUUUUUUAAGGAUCCUUAAAUGUAUAUUUUACAUACAACGAUUAAAUAUUAUUUAAAUUAAAUUAAAUUUUUUUGGCUAUUCUUUAAUAGUUGGUAACCUCCAGUUUGAGAAACAAUGAAAUAGAGGAAUCGUAAGAAUGUUCUAAAAAUUGUUACAUGAAAAAAAAGUAAAAAUAUUUAACAGAACAAUAGUUAUUUCUGGUGUCAGAUCUUUGUGUCACUGUAUGUAUUGAAAUGUUAAAUAAUAGUAAUCAAUUGUAUUAUUAUUAUUAAAAUAAAAUGUGAAUUAAAAUAGUAGAAUGUUAUACAUUUUGAUAUAGAGUUUAUUUUAUUCUACUAUUGAUUUCUAAAUAUCAAAACAUUAAGUGUAUAGUAUUGUAGCGAUAUAUUAUUGAGUUAUAUCUUUAAAUUAUUUUUCUGUUCUUAUACUUAUUUUUUUUUUAAAAAAAAAUGAGUAAAAUUUGUAUAAAUUUUAAAUAAUCUUUUUUUCAUUGCUUUUAUAUCAAAAUAUAAUAUUUUGGAAUGUUUUUAGGAAAAUACUAUUCAAGUUGAAAUCAAUGUUGAUCCUAAGUUUCAUCGUCAUUUUGUCUCAAGGCGUGGUGAAAUUAUCAAUCGAAUUAUAGAUGAUUGCAAUGGAGUGUCUAUAACAUUCCCUAAAUUAUUAUCCAAUGAUAGUAUUGUUAUUAUAAAGGGGGACAAAACUAAUGCUGAAGAGGCAAAACGUAAAAUUGAAGAAAUUGUUAAAGACCUGGUAGGCAUAAAAUGUCUUAUUUCUACUUAUUAAAAGUUUAGGAGAGAUAAUACAGUUGAAUUUGUAAUUGUGUAAAAUCGUAUUAAUGUAUAGUUAUCAAAUUUAUUUCAGGAAAAUAUUGUUGAGAUUGUUAUGGAUGUUCCGCCUAAACAUCAUCGAUAUUUUGUUGCUCGCCGAGCGGAAGUCAUAAAUCAGAUUAGCGCAGAGUAUAACGGAGUUACCAUAACAUUCCCACAAAUGAAUUCAAAUUCUAGUGAAGUUUUGAUUAAAGGCCACAAAGAUUUUGUUGAAAAAGUCAAAAAUAAAAUUAAUAAUAUUGUUGUAGACUUGGUAAUUUUAUUAUUAUACUAACUCCCACUGCUUUUUUGUAUGUGUUUUAAGUGUUUAUUUUUAGGAACAACGUAUUACUAUUGAUGUAAUUAUACCUCAAAGGAUGCACAGAGUUCUUAUGAGGAAUCGUGAUUUAUUGGAAGGCCUCAGGAGAGAUUUAGAUGUUUGGAUUAAAUUCCCCGAAAGACCCUCAGGUAAUUUUUAGUUAAUUCCAAUUAAGUGUAUUCAUUAAAUAUAUGUAAAUGAUUUAAUAGCUUUAUUAUUUUUCUUUAUUCAUUCAAUAUUUAUGUCUACUUUUAUUACUUUAUAAUAAAUGAAGUACUAAAAUAACCAAGUAAUUAUAAGGCCUUGCCUUGAACUAUUAAAAAUUAUUUAAAUUGUAUAGAACUUACUACUAUUAUUUAUUCACUUGUAACAAUUUUUCAAAUUAUUAUUAUUUUUUUAUCUGAUAUAAUAAUUUAAUUUUAAUGCUCCAUUUGUAGAAGAUCAGUAUAAUAAUCGUGAACUUGAAGAUAUUAAUGGCGGAGAAGAGCCUGAUGAAAAUCGUACUCCUAGUGUUAAUGAUAUAGUUACAAUUUUUGGAAAACCUGAAUAUUGUGAAAGUGCUAAACAGAUAUUAAUCGAUAAUGUACCUAAGACUAUUGAUGUGAGACAGUUUUUCAAGAAUAUAUUUUUUAACUUUUUUUAACAAUUUUCAACAUUAUUUUUAGCUGAAUGUACCUUCGGAGUAUCAUAGGUCAUUGAUUGGUACCAAGGGUGCUACAAUUCGAAAGCUCAGUGAAGAUUAUAAUGUUCAGAUUAAAGUUCCAAACCAAGAAUACAGUGCUGAUAUUAUAAAGGUAAUGAAAUUUUAUUUAUUUUUUGUAAUAAUUUAAUUAGUUAUUCUUAUGUAUAUUUUAUCUGUAAGAAAUAAAUAACUAAAUAGUCAAUUAUUUAAUUCUGUUUUUAUUUGACAUUUAGAUAACUGGCGUUCAAAAAGAUAUUGAUGAAGUAGUUGCGGCCAUAAAAGAAGAAAUGAGGUUAUAUGAUGCUGAUAAAGAAGACAGACAGUUACGUUCAUAUGAAAUUCAGGUAUUUUUUCUAGUCACAUUCAUAAUAUAUUGGUUUUAUUUAUUUAGUCUAGAACAUAAAUUCUUUUUAAUUAAUAAAAGAAAGUCAUUUUGUCAAUGAAUACAAUUUAGUUUUCUGAAUAAAUUAUAUUUCUAUUAUUUUAAUUAUUGAUCUCUGAUAUAAAUUGUAAUUUUUAAUAAUUAUAUAUUUAGAUGAAUAUUGAACCAGAGUUCCAUCCCAUGAUUAUUGGUAAAAAAGGAGAAACUGUUCGUAAUUUACGUAAUAAAUAUAGUGUUCAAGUAAAUCUGCCCAGAAGAGGUGAAGGUAAUAAUGAAGAUAUUGUUACAGUCGUUGGUUAUCAAGAAAAUGCUGAGAAAGCUAGAGAUGAAAUUCAAGAAAUGGUCGAUAAACUUGUAAGAUUUAUUAUUUUUUAUUAAUAAAAAUGAUUAUUGAUUUGUUAAUAUUAACAUUUUUUUAUGAUUUUAAUUUCAUGUUUUAGAAAAAUGUUUACAAAGAAGAAAUUUUCAUUGACAAUCGAAUUCAUUCAAGAUUAAUUGGUUUUCGGGGACGUAAUAUUUCACAAAUAAUGGACAAAUAUCAUGUGGAUAUUAGAUUUUCCAAAUCUGAUAGUAGUAAUCCAGAUUUAGUUGUUGUGUAUGCACGCGAGGAUGCUACACAAGAUGAUGUUUUGGAUUGUAUGGAUUAUUUAGAUAUGAUACAACAAGAUUAUGUAAUUUUAUUUAGACUUAAAAAAAACCAAUAAUAAACCUUAUAUUUCUAAUCAAUCAUUGAUAUUAUUUUUAUUUUUACAUAGAUGACUGACUUAUUAGAGAACGAGGCAAGAGCAAACUUAAACCCAAAACCUGACAGCAAAUCUGUUCCAAACGGUAAUCACAACUCUCAAGGCAGUGCAGGAUUUGUAAUGGGUAAUGGUGCACCAUGGGAAAAAGCUCAUCCAGACACAAAUAGUACUAGAGAUUUUCCAUCAUUUGCUGGUAUUGCAACAUCUGCCAACAGUAGUGCCUCUUCAGACAAGACCAAUCUUCCAAACUGGGGAAGUGGGCGUCGUUAGUUUUUUAUUUUCAAUCCAUUUAUCAAAUUAUUGUUUCCAAUAUUAUUAUUAUUAUUCUUUUCGCGAUUUCAAUUUUUUAAAAAAAAUUAUAUAUAUAUAUAUAUAUAAAUAAAUAUAAAAUAUAUAAUAUAGUGCUCGGUUGCCACUAAAUAGAAUAUUUUCCGUUGAGUAAAUCACAAUUAAUAUGUUCAAAAUAGAUUGUGUUAAAAAAAAAAAAAUGUUAUUUAAUAGAAAACAAGAAAAAAAAUUUAUAAUAUUUUU